AUGCCGCCGUACGAGGUGCUGGUGAUGGCGAAGGCGGCGGUGCAACGGCGGGAGCUCGCGGAUCUCGUGCGAGGGCUGGCGCAGCGAGUGAUCAGUGACGGUGGGGUGGUGAUGGCAGUGAAGUCGUACGGCACAGUGCGUCUGGCAUACGACGUCAAGAAGCGCGACGGCUGGCACCAACAGGGCCAGGUGGUGCAGCUAGAGGUGAAUGCGCCGGCAUCGCUAGCCCAGCAGCUGGAGCACCUGAACAAGGACGAGCGGCUGCUGCGCUGGCUGCUGCUUAAGAGCCGGCCUAAGAGCGCGAGCGGCACCGGAGCUGCCACAGCCCGUGCCGCUGACGCGUCGCGAGCCACGUCAGCAGCGCCAGCGUCGUCCACGCUGUCGCUGACGACGUUCAACAUCCUCGCGCCCAUCUACAAGCGGCUCGGCAGCGAGGGCGAGCGCGAGAGCGCGUGCGAGCACCUGUGGCGCGAUCGCAACCGUCGCAUAGUGGACCUGCUGCUGUCGCUGCAGUCGUCCGUGGUGUGCCUGCAGGAGUUCUGGUUCGACGGCGGCGACCUGGAGCGCAUGUACGACUCGCACCUGCAGGCCAACGGCUAUACGCUUUACAAGCUGCCCCGCACCAACGCCCGCGGCGACGGGCUGCUCACCGCCGUCCGCACGAGCGCCGGCGCCGGAGGCGCCGAAGCGGGAAGCGCGGCGGAAGCGGCGGCGGCGGAAAGGGAGGUGGUGAGCGUGGUGGACUAUGAACCGAUUUUGUUCCACGACUGCGGCGACCGCGUGGCGCAGCUGCUGCGCUUGCGCGUCACGGGCGCGGGGGACGGGGAGCGGGAGGGGGAAGGACAGAAAGCGGAAAGCGCCAGCAGCAGCGGUGGUGAUGACUCUGCUUCAGCAGCAGCGGCGCCGGAAGCAGGGCAGCAGCAGCACGAGGUGCUGGUGAUAAACACGCACCUGCUGUUCCCGCACAACGCCAACUCGAGCGUGAUUCGGCUGCGCGAGGUGUACAAGAUCCUCGAGUACGUGGACGCGUACAAGCACGCGCACGGGCUGCACGCGCUGCCCAUCCUGCUCGCCGGAGACCUGAACGGCCCUUUGGACGGCGAGGUGUGUCGCUUCCUGCGGUCGCAGGGCUUUGUGUCGUGCUAUGACAGCGUGCAGAGCGGCGACGACACCGACAGUAAUUGGGUGUCGCACCGAAACCACAGGGGCGAGGAGGUGGGGGUGGACUUCGUGUGGCUGCUCAACCCCUCCCAGCAGCUCCACGGCCCGCUCACCGCUGACUGGAAGGCCGCUGUCUUCCGCAUGAUCAAGGCGAAGCUGAUAGAGGCGGGGAUAACAGAGGAGCGACAGGCGUUUGAGUUCUUCCAUGUGGGGCUGACGCGGGAGGAGAUCCGCGAGUUAGUUCAGCGGGCGGACACGAGGGGCAGCGGGGCGGUGGACUACGAGGCGUUCAAGCUGCUGCUGCGCACCGAGUCCAUGGAGGACACUUUUGCCCGCAUUUGCAAGGCCACUGGGAUUCAUGAACAGCCGUGGCCGCAGCCCAGGCAGCAGCAGCAGCAACAGCAGCAGCAGCAGCAGCAGCAGCAGCAGCAGCAGCAGCAGACGUGGCGGAUGUGGCAGGGGCAGCAGGAUUUGCAGGGGCCGUUUGAUGCGGCUGUGGAGCUGCAGCCACAGCAGCAGCAGCAUGAGAGCAGGUGCCCAUUGAAGCGAGGCGUGCAGGCAUUGCAACAAGUGAUCAAGAUGGACGCCCUCGUCCACGGCUCAGCUCCCAUUGCUGCUGGUAGUCCCCUUUCCCCUGGCAAUGCUGCAGCACCCUUUGGAGUGGCAGUGCCUCCAGUCUCACAGAUGCAGCAGGGCACGUGGCCGUCAGACUACGACCUGUCGGACCAUGCUGCUGUCACCGCCGUGCUGCGCGUGCUGUGA